AUGCCAACACGUCGCCGAUCCGUACGCGAUUUUCGCCCCCAUUUGAUCAAAUUUCGCGGUUUUUUUUUGUGGUACCGGGUGCGGGACCGUCGCCGGGACGCGUCGUACGAGUUUCGCGAAGAUCCGACCCCGGGAACCGGUCCGAAUCGCCCGGUGAAUCCGACGAUAUUUUAACAUUAUAUCGGUGUGUAUGUAGGCGACGCGGUGUUGCCGGAUCGCGCGCGCGCUAGUCGAACUCGCGUCGCCGUUGCCGAUAGAUGUUUUUUAACGCGGCGACGUUGCCGUGACGGCUCCGAGAGAUUGUUACACCGUUGUAUUCGCGAUGGCAUUGAAACACAAGAUGGAUAGAUUCAAAAAACCAGUGAUGCGAGAUUUGAACCCGGCGAUCACCUGCAGAUUGUGCGAGGGUUACUUUAUAGACGCGACAACCCUGGUGGAAUGUCUUCACACGUUUUGUCGCAGCUGCAUCAUAAGGUAUUUGGAGACGAGCAAAACCCAGUGUCCCAUGUGUCCUACCGACAAGAAAAAACCUCAAAAUUUCCGCCCCGAUCCGCAAAUCCAAAGUCUGGUCUACAAAUUGGUGCCGUCCCUGUAUUUUAAAGAAAUGCAGAGGCGGGAAGACUUCUACAGGAGUACGGGAAUGCGAGCGGGUAGCUCGUGUAGUGACGACAGCGUCAUCGAGAGAGAAAGGGACAUGAUGAAUGAAUCAGAAGAAACGAUCGCCCAGUGCGUCGGCGACAAGGCGCAGUACCUCAGCCCGGAAGACUCGAUAUCGCUCUCACUGGAGUACUACCAGGUCCAUUUGGACGAUACCGACAUCAAACCGGACAAAAAACCGUCCGCGGAACAGACUCAAACUCAAAUUUCGGAUGGUAAAGACGACGGUAACUGUGUGAAGGACAAAAACGUCAAAAGUAACGGAGUGAUCGCGAGUGACGACAAACACUGCCGCGGUGAUAAAAGGUACCUCAGCUGUCCCGCAGCGGUUAACAUGAAACAUUUGCAAAAAUUUAUCAGGAUGAAACACGGUUUGACCAGCGACCAUCGGGUCGAUAUAAUAUACAAGGGGGAGGUUUUAACGACCGAUUUCAGCCUGAUGGACGUCGCUUAUACGUUUAAGUGGGAGAGGAAAAAACCGAUGAGAUUCUUCUACCGCAUCUUCACCCCGUCGACGAAAAAGAUUCGACCUAUUAAGAUCGUCAACACGGCACUCUCUACGGGCGGGAAACAACUCCAGGUGGUCCCCAUCACUCCCAGCUAUAACAGCGAACCGCCUCAACCGAAACCCGAGAAGGUACCUUCGCCUGAAACGAAACCAGUCGAAGAACCCGCGACGAGACCCGAGGAGACCGAGAACGAGAAGCAAGACAAGGAGAGACUGUUCGCCCACCUUCAACUGCAGAGCAAAUUCAAAACCCAAACCGUAGCGCCUCAACCACCAGUACCUGAGAAACUGAUCAAAGAUUGCGUGUUCGAGUACGAGGAACCCGACCAGGAGGAGAUCAAACGGUUCGCGGAAAAACGGGACCGCGAGUGGGCCCUCCAGAAGAAAUUCGAAGAGGACACGCGGCAGGAGGAGGAGUACGCGAACUACCACGUGACCAAAAAGCGAAAGAAGAGCAAACAUUCGAAGAACGAGUCUAAUUCGUACAAGAAGCGGAAGCUGCACGCGGAGAUCACCUCGAACGAGAAGGAAGACCUGAAGCUCAAAGUGAAGAUUACCACCAACGGGCACAAACACAAACACCACAACAAGACGGAGAUAAGCGCAAAGGAGAAACUGUUACAGAUGAGACAGGUGAGGCAUAAGCACACGGAGGAUAGAGGUCAGCCGGUGAUUCCCACCAUAAAGUUGCCCAAAAUCAAAGAAUCGCCUACGUUUUACUGUCCCCCGGAGCCGAAGAAGAAGAAGGAAAUCGCGGCGGACAACAACAACAAACCGUCGGCGGAUGCGGCUAUCAAAAUCCAUCCAGUCGCUAUUAAAUCUGCGCAGGAAGCUACCAGCUCAUUGAAACCGCCCACCACGCAGCCGAGUGCCAAACCAGAACCGUCACCGCCAAAAACCGCGCGGAAAGAGUGGAGCGGUCAAUCUGACAAGCAAGCUCAGAAGACGUUUCUUAAGACUAUUCAAUCUUACGCCAAGAGUAAAGCGACGGACGAUAUCAGAAUACCCAACAAAGCGUUUCCCAUCAGCACCAAUAACAAAUCGCUGGAAAGGAAGAUCGCUAGUUUGCAACAGCGUUGCACCAUCGAGCCGAAACCAUCUGCUAACACCGGCCACGAGAAACCCACGGACAAGAAAGUAAUGAGGACGCCUCAGUAUCCCCCCGGGUUUACCGUCAGUAAGGUCGAAGUGGGGACCAAGAGGAAAGCGGAUGGCGAAACCGAUGACAAGAGGCCAAGCUUGGAAAUUACGCUGAUCAAUCCUCAGACCCCGAAGCCGGCAGAAACGAAACCCGUCGCCAAGAGGCCGCUUCCAGGAACAAUUCCAUUGGAGAGGAUCAAGAAUUCGAUGAAUCUAAAGUCGGGCAUCAGUAUCAUACCGAAACUACCAGACAGAUGCGACAACAUAGGAGCGCUGGACCUGUCCAAGCCUAGUAGAUCCCCUGAGAGGCCCAAAAUCGAGCCACCUCCGAACGGACUCAACAAACAACUGACCAACGUUUCGGAAAACGUCAAGAACAACAACGUGCAAUUGUCCAAUCUGCAGAUGUUGUCCAAAGUAGCGACCGAGCAUUCUUCUUUAAACAAAGCAAUGCCGAACCAAGCGGCCAAGCCGAGACCUCAGAUCCCUAGCUUGCAAGCCAUCAACCAGGCGGUGAGAGGUCAGACGUUGCAAAGGCUCCCAUCCAAACCCAACGAGAUCCCGAAGUUCAGACCCGUAAAUCCACAGAUCCGCAGCUUGAGACCCAACCAGAACCAGAACAUCAGAAAUAUCCCGAACCCUAGUUUGCUGAUGAACAGGCAGCAGCAGAACCAGACCCGGCUGGCAGUCAGCGCACAGCCGCCGGAGGAGAAGAAGCCCGAGGAAGUGAAACCGCAGGCGGUGGUGACCCCUGGAGCCGCGAGCGUGCCCAAAGAGUUGGUCACGACGAAGAGCUCGAUAGUUGUGGAGCAGAAGGUGCCGGAGAAGAAGGAGAUAUCGGUGUGAAAGUGGUACGAGUUCAGGUUUAGUCACUAAACGUCUCGGCAGUGAUGUGUGAUUCUGUGUUCUAUAGAGAUAUUAUUUAUUAGUUAUUUUUCUUUGGCGUACCUAUGAAACGUUUAAAAGUUCCUCGACUCGCACCUUAUAUACAGGGUAGCUCACCAUUGCGGGGUUCUUUGAUAUCUCCAUAGUUGUUUAUUUUAUCGAAAAAAUUUGAAUACAUAAGUUGUUUGUCUGGAUGCGUUGCAUGCGAAUAAAAGAGUUGCAGUUAUACGGGGUAUCCCUUAAGUAUAUGACAGCACCUAACUUCCUUGUUUUAAAUGGAUAUAUUAUUUCUUGGCCGAUUCCUUCAGAUUUACCUAUGUACUUAAUCCUAAUAGCUUGAUCUCCUGUACAGUAAACGAAACACUAUUUUAUAUUUUCUAUCCAAAGUCAAUAAAAACCCUAAAUUGCCAAAGGUUUACUUGUUUUUGGUUUUAUUUACGUCAAGGGAGUUAGGUGACUCCAGAAAAUAUGCUUUAGAUCACCUGAUUUGUGGUCUUUGGAAAGUAAUUAUUUCUAACUAAAGCACUUUUACCAUUUUUGCACGUAUAAGCAUACGCAUUUAACAAUUUGGCAAUCGAUUUAUCUAAAACAAGAUGUUCAAAAGUUGAUAGAAGGUUAUGCUAUUUGCAAAGUUAUUUAAAAAAAACAAUAACAUACCAAACUUGGUCAAAACGAUGCUAACUAGAAAGAACAAUAGCAAAAAACCGUUUAAAGGAGUUACAAUCGGACUUUGGUAACUCGAAGAGGCAUUUGAGAAAAAAAUUAAUUAAGCUUCUCAAAACUUCGAGUUAUUGAGGUCAGGCGUGUUUAAUCCAUUUCAAGAAUAGUACGUACAUAACCAGUUUCAUCAAAACAGAUUUAUUAUAUGUAUAAGCACCAAAAAAUAAAUAUUGAAAACACUACUAAUGGAACUAAAGAAAAAGUAAAAGGAAAACCUAAAUUAUAUGCAUAAUGUGUGCAAAAUAUGUGUUUAAAUGUCUGUCCUCUCAUUUUUAUUACAUAUUUUAAUUUUUAACAACAGUGCUGUAUAAACAUCGUAGGAUGUGUGACCAUUAAUUUUCAAAUUCAAGUUUAUUGUGUCCAACGCUUCUUCAACGACCCAUUUUGAGCCUCAAAAUCUGGUUCUAAAUUUUGUUCUUUUAGCACUUUCUUCAAGCACCAAGUCGGCAGAUGUCUUUCCAAAAUAGUCUCGUUGACGGGAAAUUCGGAAUAAAUUCCAGGAUUCCCAAGACUGUACCAUUCAUGAAACUGCGACUGAAGUUCCCCUUUUUAAUGGGAUCCGAAUUUUCCUUAACAAGUCUUAGUGGACCUUCGCCUUGCUAAGGAAAAAAUUGACCAAACAAUUUUGUAUGGUCUUCGCGAAAUAUUUCGACUUACCAAAGUUCAAUUUCCAAAAUAAUUCAUCUUAUCUAACUAAAUUAUGGAGGUUCGAAAGAAUAAAAUAUAUUCAUUUUUCAGCCUUUUCAGCAGUGAUUUGAAGAAUCAGAUCGAGUUAUCCAUUUAAAAUAAAGAAGUUGGGAGUUGGAGAAGUUGUGAGGCACUUACGAGAUGCCUUGUAUAAUAGCAACUUUUUCAUCGCAUCUAUACAAGCAUCUUUUUUAUUAAAAAUUUGCCGCAGUAGUGAGCUACACCGUAUACAGAAAUUACGAUGCGGUUUGUUGAAGAUUCGAUUUGUACAUAAAAAUAUUUUCUUUGUUGUAAAUUUUUGUUAUAUUUUAUAUAUAUCGGAUUAGUUUUCGUCCGUGUCGGCGCGGUAUUUUGUUCGUUUCCCCCUCCACCCCUUCACUUUUUGAUACCUCACCGUUGCUCCCGAAUCACCUAUGUAGAUAGAUUUUUUGAAGGUCGUUGUAUAUAUAGUAGUGUAAAAUAUCAAAAUUUUAUCGAUGUUCGUACUCCCCCGUAUAUAAUUCUGGAAUUUCUAGGAUCGUUGUGUGGUAACAAGAUGUAAUCAUACGCGUAUAGGGUUAGAUUGUUGUUUGUCGGGCCGAGUCUAUUUCGGCUCUGCGUAUUUGUAAUUUUUGUGUAGGGUGUAUACUACAUGUGGUCGAAUUAAACACUUGAU